AGAUGAGAGUAGUGACGUGCGGAUUAGUUGUGCGGCAGAGUGAGGCGCUGGACGGGAUUGGCGCUGCGGGACUUUUAAGCAGUGGCUGCGGGAUUGCGGGAUUGCGGGCUGCGGGCAGACGAGCGGGACUGUCGGGCGGUAUGUGACACGGUGUCCCAGAGGCUGAUCCAGAAAUAUAACCGGAACCGGACUCUGAAGGCCGCCUGGAAGCAAUGAAAAGCCCAUCAGUUACACUUAAUGAUGGUGGUUUCUCAGAGACUGAACCAGAAAUAUUACAGAUAAAAAUAGAGAAAGAGCUGGACAACGACGACCAUUUAGACAAGAGUUCUAGCGCUUCCGUUACGUUUAUUGAUGAAGCAGGCUAUCCAGAGACCGAACCAGAAACUCUGCAGGUAAAGAUAGAGAAGGGCGUGCUGGAUUCGGAAGACUAUCUGAACAUCAUGAAAAGCCCGGCAUUAUCCUAUGCUGAUGGGGAGCUGACGAAAUCCAUUAUAUCCUGCGGGCGGGAGGCGGAAGACUUUGCCUUCGUCAAAAUGAGCGAGAGUUACCAACCCGAAAAGCUGUGGCGAAGUCAUCAAAAUGAGCUGGCUCAUCGCUCGUCCUACUUGGCCAACAGGCCCUUCUGCAGCCGGCUGAACAUCAAUACCAAGCUGCUGAUCCACGAGGUACAGCAACGGCCCGCACUGUUCAACAAGACUUUUCCAGACUAUGGCGACAAGUACAAAAAGAAAAUAUUGUGGGACGAAGUGUGUGAAGUUCUAAUCCCUGAUUGGUACGAACUUAGCAAGAAGGAGAAAGCAGAAAGAACAAAGGAAGUGCAGAAGCGCUGGCGGUCGCUGAAGGAUUGCUUUAGGAGAGAGUUGGCAGCUCAGAGAAAAGCCAGGAAAAGCGGCUCCUCGCCGUCUAAAAGAAAAAUCUACAUUUAUUUUGAUGAUCUUUUAUUCCUGUUACCCACGAUGGAAGCCAAACCCGCUCUGGGGAACAUGGAUACAGACGACAGCGACGACGAAUCCACAUCGGGCCAAGUGGCGUCGUGCGAUAUCGAGGAACUGUCCCAGCAAUCCUCCAUACACCGGCCGCCCAAAAUGACCUCCGGGAAACACGCCAAAAAGCUGAAGAACGUCCCCGAGCCGGCGGCCGACAAAGAGACCAUCACCAUCGCCGAGUCUUUCAAGUACGUGCGCGAGAAGAACUACGAGAGCGACCAGGACGAGGACCGCCUCUUCCUGCUGUCCCUGGUGUCCGAGUUCAAAAUGAUUCCCCAGCACCGGAAAACCAAGGCCAAAAUACAGAUCUUGGAACUGCUGCAGGGCUACGCGGAACCCCACAUGUACAAUGGACCCUCCCACCAGUACCCCCCGCACUACCCGGCGCCCUAUCAGCAGUACCCCAAAGCUUACGAUCAUCCCAUUCCACAGAGCGCCUCCCCAAACAUUCCGCCCCCCUGCGCCGCCUACACCAGACAAAGCUCCUUCUCGCCGGUGGACAGACCGACAUAGACGCGUUGCACCUGGACCCCACGGGAAGUUAUAAAUUAUUGUAAUAUUUUAGUUUAUUUUUGUAUUUUUAAUACUUAUUUCCUUUUGGUUCUAUAAAUUCUAUACUAAUCUGUUACGUUUGUGGGGGGGGAGGGGCACAAAGGUGCAUUAUUUCUGCAGGGGGCGUUCACCUCCGCAGGCCCCUCCCCCCGUAAGAUACGGAAUAGCUUUAGCGCUACAGAACGUUCUGUACGUGAGUAUUAGGAGACAUUUUCCAAUUUAGACGCAAACGUUUAUUUCUUGCUACUUACGUUCUUUUAGCCACGCCCCGAGUUUGGGGGGAAGGAAAAAAAAAAACGGUUGUCGGAUAUUUUUUAUGACAACGCCGCAGGCAAAAAAAAAAAAAGAAAUUUCUGUUGAAUACGUCCUUUUUCUAUACAUUUUAUUUUUUUCGGACAAACCACCAUUGCAGAGAAUCGUGAGUUUAUUUAUGUUUCUAGGAAAGUUACAAAAGCGUUUUUUCGGUUUUUAGACUUGCGAUUUUUGGUUGUUUUUAUAACAGAAAUUUAAGGAGUCGUUUUGUUUGCCGCAGAAAUAAAUAUUUAGUUUACAGAA